GCAACAUUUUGGUACAGUAGGUGGCGUGUGAUAUAAUUUCGGAGCACAUAUAAGUAUCGUCAGGAGAGGAGAUACAUGGCCAGGUCCUGCAAUACGACUGACAACACACAACUCCUACACAAAGCAACUCGGAAUAGAGUAAUACAAAAAAAAAACAGCGGAGCCAUUGAAGUAGCCUACAGAAAAGACUUCAUGCAGACUCAGAAAUAAGUUUACUUUUCCACUGGAUAGACUAGUGAGGCUCACUGAGUCCCACAGUCUCCACAACUUUCUUUGUCAACCUGUGAGCACCACGGACAGGGGAAAGGGGAUUUGGGGAAUUGUAAAACCUCUCCAAACACGUGAGACAGCACUGACCGACAGCACAGGGAUGUCUGUCCACGCGUCCUGGCUACCAGUACCGCUGCUGGUGUGGGGACUAGUGUGUACCUCAGUGCGCACUGCCCCGUUUGCGGGUAGGCAGACCGACACUACAGAGCGCCAUUGGGAAACGCUCUACUCUCGCUCACUGGCUCGAAACCCAUGGGAAAAAAGAGAAAUCAACCGAGACGGUGACUAUCUUACAGGCAUCAAAAGACUUCGGCGUCUAUACUGCAAUGUCGGCAUUGGGUUUCAUAUUCAAGUUUUACCAGACGGAAAGAUAACUGGAAUACAUAACGAAAAUAGAUACAGUCUCCUUGAGAUAUCACCUGUGGAGAGAGGGGUUGUGACGCUCUUUGGCGUCCGAAGUGGUAUGUUUCUGGCCAUGAACAGCAAAGGGAAGCUCUAUGGAUCUGGUCAUUACAAUGAUGAGUGCAAGUUCAAGGAGAAUCUCUUGGCAAAUAACUACAAUGCUUAUGAGUCAGCAGCUCACGCAGGGAUGUAUAUUGGAUUGAGUAAGACUGGCAAAACCAAAAAAGGAAAUCGAGUUACACCAGCUAUGACAGUGACACACUUCUUACCAAGGAUCUGAAUGACUCCAAUGAGACUGUACCUUCAACAAGGGUAGAGGAGAGAGACUGGAAAACAAUGCACUUUCAAAUGUUUUUCUAGAGUGAGAUAUUUAAGUUAUUUAUUUAUGAUUCCUGAGAAUGUUUAUAUUUUGGGAAAGUGGAGUAAUGUAGAAAGAGGGGAUGAAUAAUGACAAUUGUUUUGUUUUUGCUGCUAUGUGUCUUAAGAUGAGUGCUUUUUUUUUAAGAGUAAAAUUGAUUUUGCACUUUUUUUUAAAAGAACUGUUGCGCAGCAAAGGUUGUGCAGUAAGCAUUGUUAUCCUACUUGUACUACUUUGAAAGGAAUUGGAGACCCACAUUUGUCAGAUUUGUGUCUCGGCAUCAAAAAGGAAGAUGAUGAUGGCAGGUCCAAACCAUUCAGUUCAGUACUGGUCCCAUUAUUUUUUCAUUCCUAAUUGAUUGUUUUACUACCUCAUUAUGGAGAUGCAAGGAGGGAUUGUGUUGUUGCUGUUGUUUUGUCUUUCUGAGCAUGACGUACAGUAUGACGCAACCCACGCUUCUACGCUUUACAAUUCACCCGACACUGGAUAUCACUGAUGAGAUUGAAUAGAGAGGAACCCAAUCAGAGAGAGGGAAUCGGAGUUCAGAUUAGCACAUCUGUUAACCCUGGUCUAAGUUUUAACUAUAUUUUUGUUUGUGUGCAUGUCUGGUUAAAACUCUUUUCAUAAAUAACAAAUGCACACACAAAUGACUGGACCCUCUACAGCCUCAUUAGUGAUUAUUAUAACUUUAUAUACAUACAUAAAGUUAUCUAUGACAUUGUCACGUUGUAAGGUUUCUUGUAUUUCAAAUAUAUGUCUUGUUGCCUGGUAUGUGCAAAUUAAACGAAGAAGAAUGUCAUUUCUUGUUUGGCACAGCGGAUGCAGAAAAUGUACAUAUACUGUAAACUGAAACAGGGCUCUAUUCAGUCUGUAUCGCUGAAGCGUUACAAAUUAGGAUCUUCAUUUGAGCCAGUUUGUUACAGCAGGACAAUAAUCCUGCAGCAAUAGGAAAUGUGAAUUCUUAUUUUGAUUAUAAUUAAUGAACAUUUUUGUAGGUGUUGAUGCAUUGUUCAUAAUGGAACUUCACAAGACUUUUUAAACCUCAAAUAUGCUAAAAGUUUCAAAUGUCUUGCAUUGCAGGAAAGGGUGGUCAAAUUAAGAUGCUACAUCUCUAUGCAGUGUUUAAUGAGAGUGCAGUCUCCGUUAACGUGGGAACAUUGCUAAGAUUCUACAUCUCUAUGCAGUGUUUAAUGAGAGUGCAGUCUCCGUUAACGCGGGAACAUUGCUAAGAUUCUACAUCUCUAUGCAGUGUUUAAUGAGAGUGCAGUCUCCGUUAACGUGGGAACAUUGCUAAGAUUCUACAUCUCUAUGCAGUGUUUAAUGAGAGUGCAGUCUCCGUUAACGUGGGAACAUUGCUAAGAUUCUACAUCUCUAUGCAGUGUUUAAUGAGAGUGCAGUCUCCGUUAACGCGGGAACAUUGCUAAGAUUCUACAUCUCUAUGCAGUGUUUAAUGGGAGUGCAGUCUCCGUUAACGCGGGAACAUUGCUUUUAAAUUUCAAUCACACUUUAACGCUGAACUUCCGUGGUACGGAUUGAAUAGAGCAGUAGAUGUGUUUCUUACUGUGGUCAUUAAUAUUAUCCCUUGUGAUAUUCUGCGUUCAGUUCACAAUUAUGUUAUGUCCCCUUAUGUUAUGCAUUUCAUGUAGCCUAUACAGUAUGUAUCAACAUUAUGUCUGUAGUUUUAUACAGGUCCUGUUCAACAUUAUGGUGUAUGUGCUGUGCAUAUUAUCAAAUUACUU